AUGUCUUCUGAAAUGCCAAGUUUUGGUUCAGGUGUUGUCAAUAUAGGGAUCACAAUUGGUGGAUCAUUAGCAUCUCUCAAUCCCUUAAUUGGCACGAUUUCUGAAAUUCUUAAUGCAAUAUUUCAAAUCAACGAAAAAGCUCAAUAUAAUAAAAGAAUUUCAAGUUCUAUUCUAGCUCGUUUAUUAUCUGUAGAAGCGGCCAUCAAAUACUUAUUAGUUAAAAAGGAAGAUUUUAUCGAUAAAUUUAAUGAUUUAAAAUAUCUAGAGGCGUUACAUUCUCUUAAAAAUGUGUUAGACAGGAUAAAAGUUUUUACCGAACAAGUGACUCAAUUAAAGGGAUUUGAAAAGGUUAUUAACGCUCAGAAUAUAGAAAAGAAUUUUAAGGACUUGAUUGAAGAUUACAAUAAAGAGCAAACGAAUCUUGUUUAUCAAGAAAUCAAAAAUAUCAAAACGAGAAUCAAUUCUGACGACUUAAUAGAUAUAAGAUCAAUUGAACCAACUUUAUUAAACGAUCCACCAUACGGUGAUGAUCUUUUUGAUGAGUCUGAUCUUGAUCCAAAUGACAGCAUUAAUAAAGUUAUUCAAAAUGAAUUUAAAAAUUUAAUCCAAGAAGCAUGGAAGCACGAAUCAGGUGCAAGGAUUAGAAUCCCUGCAUUAUAUUCAAGGCUUUCAGAGUUAUCUUCAAUUGUUAAAAAGUCUCCUUCAUUGAUACCUAUUGAUUCUCGCACCAAUAAUAGCUUAUCAGUGCCUGAAGACUUUCGAGAUAAUGUAAAUAGGAUUUUAACAGUCGAGGAAGGAAUCAAGCUUCACAGAACUAGGAUUCCAGAGAAUAAGGAAAAAGCGUGGAAAUGUUUCGUAGAUAAUGCAAAACUUAAGAGUCCUCUUGCCAUUUAUUGGAAAGGUUAUUAUUUAUGGGAGGGUUCCUACCCAAAUGGUGCAAAAAGGUCAGAAGAACAAAAGGAAAUAGAUAAAUCUGAAGCUCGUGAAUUGUUUAAAAAGGCCGCUGAAGAAGGUGUGACAGAUGCUCAAUUUUGGUAUGCGUUUUCAUUACCGAGAACUGAAGAAAAUAGAGCCGAAUUUUUACAUCAUUUGAGUGAAGCGGCUGAGAAUGGAAAUGCUGCUGCGUUAUAUAGUUUGGGUGAUGUCUAUUUAUAUGGAAAGGCGCAUGUUGAGAUGGAUAAAACAAAAGGAUUAAGGUACUUAAAGUUGGCAGCUCAUAGAGGUCAUCUUAAAGCUACAGAGACGCUUAAAAAUUUGGAUAAGAAUAUGCUUGAUAUUGAUGUGAAUUUUGAUAUCAACGAACCUUAA